UUAUGUCAGAAAUGGCGGAGUAUUCGCCGGUAAAGAAAUCGGGUUGUGGAGCUAUGCUUCUAGGCGGUUUCAAAUGUCGGAGCUUCUGGCCUAGAAGAUCCCAAUCUGCAAACGAGUUACCCUCACAGAACAACAAAAACAUUACAAAGCAACCUAGCGCCCAUUCAAAGCGGAGACGUGGAGGAUCCGAUGAGACUGCCUUCCUCGACACCUACACCUUAUCUGAUCCGCCAUCAAAGCUUCCCGAUAAGCCCCUCGUCAAAGCUGCCCCUCAUCAUCCCAAGCCUUAUCAGAAUCAUCACAACAGAGAACCCUCCGAUGGAGCAAUAGUACCUGCAAAUACAUCAAAAGCACUAAUAACGAAGGUGGUGCCAACGACACAACAGGGUAAUGGGCAAGGAAGAAGGGUUCCCAAGGAGGCUAUUGGUAUCUCAGGGGAGCUCGAUAGUAUGAUCGCUGAUCACCAGAGGUCAAAGGGAAGCAACAAUUUGGUUCGAGCUUCGUCAAGCAAUGUUUUUCUCUUUGGCCAUUUGGGGAACAUUAGGCAGCCAGGAGGAACGAACCAGAAUUCAAGUAACCAACAACAACCCAGUUCGACUUCUACCGCCAAUAAUGUUCUCGAAUACCUUCCCAAGACUGGUCGAGAGAAUGGUUCGGGUGGCAGACGCUCAAACGCUGGUGUAAUGGGUAACAUAGUAAGGAGAAGUAGUUUUGAUGACAGCCAAGAGCAGCAGCAGCAGCAGCAGCAGCAGGGAUCCUUCUGUCGAGCUCUGUCUAAGAGAUUGGAUCCAGAGGAAUUGAAGGUAAUGGGGAACGAAGAGUACAAGAAGGGUAGGUUUGCGGAGGCCUUGUCAUUGUACGAUCGAGCGAUUCUGCUUGACCCAAACAAGGCUGCUUAUCGAAGCAACAAGAGCGCAGCUUUAACGGGUAUGGGUCGGCUUCUUGAGGCAAUAUUUGAAUGCAGAGAAGCCAUCAGAAUUGACCCUUCUUACCAAAGAGCUCAUCACCGUUUGGCCACAUUGUUUCUCAGAUUGGGUGAAGCAGAGAAGGCGUUGAAUCAUUACAAACAGUCAGGACCCGAAGCCAGUUCUAACGAUUAUGCAAAAGUUCAAGCAGUACAAACACAUGUCAACAGGUGCAACGAAGCUCGGAGGAUAAAAGACUGGCAGACAUUGCUGAAAGAGUCCAGAACCGCCAUCUCCUCCGGCGCCGAUUCAGCUCUUCAGGUAUUGGCAAUGCAAGCAGAGGCGUUAUUGAAGCUUCAGAGACAUGAUGAUGCGGAUACCACGUUAACGACCUGGCCGGCCUUCGAUAUGGAUGCCUGCACCAAGUUCUUCGGACCCACAACCUACUCUUUUAUAUUGCAGAUACAAGCCCAGGUUGACAUGGCCGCCGGCAGGUUUGAGGAUGCAGUGGUGGCGGCUCAGCGAGCGUGUCGACUCGAUUCGAGUAAUAGGGAAGUGAGUGCAAUGGUGAGGAAGGCCCGAGCCGUGUCGUUAGCUAGGAACAGAGGGAACGACCACUUCAAGGCUUCCAAGUUCUUGGAGGCGUGUGUAGCGUACGGUGAAGGACUGGAGCAUGACCCGCUUAACUCGGUCUUGCUCUGUAACCGAGCCGCGUGCCGAUCCAAACUCGAUCAGUUUGAGAAAGCCGUCGAGGACUGCACCCAUGCACUCAACUUGCGUCCUUCUUACAGCAAAGCCAGGCUACGACGAGCCGACAGCUACGCCAAGUUGGAGCGGUGGGAGGCAGCCAUACAAGACUACGAGAUGUUGAUAAGAAAAACGCCAGGAGACGUGGAGGUGGGCCGGGCCUUAUUCGAGGCCCAAUUGCAGCUCAAGAAGCGUCGAGGCGAGGAUGUUCAGGGCUUGAAGUUUGGUGCUGACAUCAUCGUCAUCACCAGUAACGAGCGCUUCAGACACUUCGUAACGUCGCCCGGGAUGUCUGUGGUGCUCUUCUGCAACAAAUCCAGCGAAAAGCAGCAAAUAUUACAAACCUUGGAGCAUCUCUGCAAGAGAUAUCCUUCCGUCAACUUCCUUAAGGUGGAUGUCGAGGAGCACCGAUUCUUGGCCAAGUCCGAGGGAGUUGGGGUUUCGGCCGUACCAACCGUGAAGAUAUACAAGAACGGGUCAAGGGUCAAAGACAUUCCCGGCAACAACCUUGAACUGUUAGAGAGCUCUGUUAAAUAUUUUACCAGUUGAACUAAACAAAAGAGGAAGACGAACAUGGAAACGUAAAUCAAUUUGUGAUUUCCCCAAGCUCUCCCUCUUCCUUCGUUUCACAAAUGAAUGAAUAUUUGAGAAAAAGAGAGAGAGAGAGAGACAGAUGAAAAGAGGCUCAAGCAAGCAAAGAUCAAAAAUAACAAAAGCAAAUGCAACAUUGUAAAGGAAAGACCCACCAAGAAAAAAAUUAGAGAAAAAGGUCUAUCGUGCGAUUUGCCUAAUUGCCUUUUAAUGCUAGUGAAUCGGAGA